AUGAUGGAGGUCACAAGAAACAAAUAGAUUGACAAAGUAAAACUGAGUCUUGACUCCGACAAAUUCAACUACUUCUUGGCCCAGUCCUUGAACAAGGUUACCAGUCAUCGUUCGUUGCAACAACUAGCCAAGACUCUCGCUGAUCACUUCAUCCAGAACCAAAUAGAAAUCCGCAACAAAUCCAACCAAUAACGCCAAAGACAAAAUGCGCUUCCUCAAAUCGUCAGACGCUCUCAACAAUCGAUCAAGGUCCUUCCCAAGCCUCCACGCAUCGAACCAAGACAAUCACAAAUUCCCUUAUACAAAGUUCCCUUCACCAUCCUUGAACCCCAAUAUUCGUAUCUCUUAGGUGGAGGCAACAACCACGAACUCAUAAAACGCAUCAUGGACACCAGACGAGAAUGGCAUCAAUGCAAAAGUACAACACGAGUUCAUUUUAGAUGGUAGUAAUCUAAUAUAGGUUACAAAUAUUACAAAAUGAAUGCCUACAAUCCCCAUCGAUCCUUAGUCAAUCACUUUGAAUUUCACUAAGAAAUAAGCAACAAGAAGAAUCUCCUCUUGAAUAUGACCACUUUUUGUGAAUCCAUCCACAGAAAUGUAUUUGACAUCCUUCCUCUCACCUUCGUUAUUGAUUUCAAUGAUUCCCAAAUUGAGUCCCAACUUUUAGCCUUUCUCAACUAUUACAACCAAUACUCUCCCAAUCCCAUAUCAUAAGACGAACUCUUACUCAAAAAGUAGGAAAUCAAAAAGAAACUCAGAAUUCCACCCAGCAAAGACAGGAAGUUCAUCGAUUAUCAAAUGAAAGAUACCUUUUUGGGAGCUGAUUAUCUCUGGCUCCUAAAACCAACAGGAUUAAACCGAGGCAGAGGUAUCAAUGUCUUUAACAACCUCGAUCAGUUGACUGAUUUACUCAUUGAAUACACCUCAGGAGUAAGUGAAAAGCAUAUUGAGACUCCCAAUGAGAAGAUAUAUUAAGGAAUCAUUAUCAAGUCCCCUUCCUUUGUAGUAUAGAAGUACAUUGAAAAACCGUUGCUUAUCAACAAUCGAAAAUUUGAUAUCAGAGUGUGGGUGCUGGUUGAUUAAGAAUUGAAUUGCUAUUUCUUCAAAGAAGGAUACAUAAGGACUGCGUCUGAAGACUUUGUUACUAAUGAUGUAAACAACUUGUUUAUUCACUUGACAAAUAAUGCAAUUCAAAAGUAUAGUCAAAAAUACGGGGAUCAAGAAGCAGGGAAUCAAUUAUCCUUUGAUCAGAUUUAGAAGAUCUUUAAGAAUAAGAUUGAUUUCAGAUAAACCAUUGUUAAAAAGAUGAAGGAGAUUGCCUUUUUGGCAAUGAGUUCAGUGGGUAACAAAAUAAAUAGGAACAAUCGUAGAAACUGUAUGGAAAUCUUUGGAUUUGAUUAUUUCUUGGACGAAAAGUUCAAUCUAUAUUUGAUAGAGGUUAAUACAAAUCCAUGCAUUGAAGAAUCGAGUCCUUUGUUGGCUCAACUGAUUCCGAGAAUGUUAGAUGAUGCGUACAUUUUGACUCUUGACUUGAUCUUCAAUAUAUCAAGGGAGAAAGUUAGUCCAUUUCCAGUUAAGGGUUACUAAAAUAAUGAGAAUAUGUGGUAAUUGAUAGGAUCGCUUAAAGAUUAAGCUAUUUACUAAUGA